AUGACCGAAUUUGGGACAGGAUUCAUUCCCCCUCAAUUUCGUCAUUUUUCUGCACAGGUUACUAAUUACAUUACAACAUAUUACGAUGGGGAUGCUUGUGACGCAACAAACGAAGAAGAGGAGGAAGAUGACGAUGAAGAAGAAGAUGACGAUUGAAUGAGGCUAAUUUAGAAAGAAAACUCGUCCAGUUGCCCAGGAAUCAUCCUUCUUUGGCGCUGCAGUCGAAAAUUUUUGAGAAUUUUAGAUGCUAUAUGCAAAAAAAUUCGCUUUUUUGAUCAUUUUCUUUCUUAGUUUUUUUCAUUUUCCCCAUCGCUUGAUUCCUCGACAUCCCUUCUAAUAUCUUUAAUCCAUCGAUAUUCCUAUUUAAUCCCUUCAAACAAACGAUAUUCCCUUAAUCCCUUCAGGGUAUGGUCUUCAGGGUUGACUUUUUUUUUAAAUCGGAUCAUA